AGCAGUUUCGUAUGAGCCUGACAAUAGCCGGAGACAGACAAGUUUGUGGGGAAGAAAGGAGGAAUUGGUGAGCAGUGCGUAUGUCGUGUGCAUGAGUGGACGAGCGAGCGAGAGCGAGUGGGAAUAGCAACUGGGAAUUUUCUGCACCAAGACAACAAGAGAGGUAGAAACUGCCGUAGCCCAAGAUGUCUGACAAUGGGGAAGUCGAGGACAAGCCGCCGGCGCCGCCCAUGCGGAACACUAGCACCAUGAUCGGGGCCAGCAGCAAGGACACGGGGCCCCUCAACCACGGCUCCAAGCCCCUGCCCCCCAACCCCGAGGACAAGAAAAAGAAGGACCGCUCCAUCCGCUCCAUCCUCACCGGGGGAGGGGACAAGACUAACAAGAAGAAGGAGCGGCCGGAGAUCUCCUUGCCGUCUGACUUCGAGCACACCAUCCACGUGGGCUUCGACGCCGUGACCGGAGAGUUCACCGGCAUGCCGGAGCAGUGGGCGCGGCUCCUGCAGACCUCAAACAUCACCAAGCUGGAGCAGAAGAAAAACCCGCAGGCCGUGCUGGAUGUCCUAAAGUUCUACGACUCCAAAGAGACCUCCAACAGCCAGAAGUAUAUGAGCUUUACAGAUAAAACCUCAGACAGUUACAACUCUUCAAAUGUUCUGAACUCGAAGGCCGUGUCCGAGACCCCCGCCGUGGCCACCGUCUCCGAGGACGACGACGAGGACGAGGCCACCCCGCCGCCCGUGAUCGCCCCCAGGCCGGAGCACACCAAAUCGAUAUACACCCGCUCUGUGAUCGAGCCCCUCCCGGCACCUCCCACCAAAGAUGCCGCCACCUCGCCCAUCUCCCCCCCGGCAGAGAGCAGCAGCCCCACCCCCUCCGCCACCCUGCCCCGCGCCGCCGACAAGACCAGGAAGAAGACCAAGAUGACGGACGAAGAGAUCCUGGAGAAACUACGGAGCAUCGUCAGCGUGGGUGACCCUAAGAAGAAGUACACACGCUUCGAGAAGAUUGGACAGGGGGCUUCAGGAACAGUGUACACGGCAAUAGACAUCGCUACUGGACAAGAGGUGGCCAUCAAACAGAUGAACCUGCAGCAGCAGCCCAAGAAGGAGCUGAUCAUCAACGAGAUCCUGGUGAUGAGGGAAAACAAGAACCCCAACAUCGUCAAUUAUUUAGACAGUUACCUGGUCGGGGAUGAGCUGUGGGUGGUGAUGGAGUACCUGGCAGGUGGCUCUCUGACGGACGUGGUGACAGAGACCUGCAUGGACGAAGCACAGAUUGCUGCUGUGUGUCGUGAAUGUCUACAAGCCCUGGAGUUCCUGCACUCAAACCAGGUGAUCCAUCGGGACAUCAAGAGUGACAACAUCCUGUUGGGCAUGGAUGGUUCUGUCAAGCUCACUGAUUUUGGGUUCUGCGCUCAGAUCACCCCAGAACAGAGCAAACGCAGCACCAUGGUUGGAACGCCCUACUGGAUGGCGCCAGAGGUGGUGACCCGCAAGGCCUACGGCCCCAAAGUGGACAUCUGGUCCCUGGGCAUCAUGGCCAUCGAGAUGAUUGAGGGGGAGCCGCCCUACCUCAACGAGAACCCGCUUAGGGCGCUGUAUCUCAUAGCAACCAACGGAACUCCGGAACUCCAGAACCCAGAGAAGCUGUCAGCGAUAUUCCGAGACUUUCUGAACCGCUGUCUGGAGAUGGACGUGGAGAAGAGGGGCUCUGCCAAGGAGCUGCUGCAGCACCAGUUCCUGAAGGUGGCCAAGCCCCUCUCCAGCCUCACCCCCCUUAUCCUGGCGGCCAAAGAGGCGGCCAAGAACAACCGCUAGCCACGGGGCUUCCCUCCUCCCCUCCGUCUGCUCCCUCUCUCCCCUGGGGGCCCGUGGGGGGGCCCCAGCUGGCCCCCUCCCACUCUCUAGGCCUUUUGUCCCAGUGGCAGGGUCAGGUACGUCACUUCAGAGGCUCCAAACGAGGACAACGAAAAACUAGACAAACUGCCGAUCUCCCCCUGAAGGUCCGUCUGGGGAAAGGAGUUUCUGUACACUUCAAACACUGAAGGAGUCCUCCUGCCUCAGUUUGGCAUUUUGUUUAUUUGUUGUUUUUAUUUUUUUUUUUU